UGGCGGGAAAGACUAAUGAGUGCGUGACUAAUGUUAAUGUUUGAGUAAUUUUAGAGUUUGAUUAAUAUUAGUCUGACCUGUUUAAGAUCGAGAUAAGCUUCUUAGACAAAGUAUGAAAACAAUUCUGUGAGGAAAGGUACCAAUUACAUCGUUUUAGCGUCUGCUGUGUUGGCCGAUAUUGAAUAUUUAUGUUUAUCCUUGUUAGCUUAGUUAAUUAAUCGUUAGCAUUAGCAUACCUAGCUAAUCCUCAGGAGAAAAUGGCUGCUGGGAAGACAUGCAUCAGAAAGAGCAAGGAGGAAACUGCUGAGUGGAUUGGAUUAUUCCCGAAUGACUUGAAAACCGAGCAAGAGUCCAUUGUCUUCGUCAAGAGGAUGAUGGCGGUGGCAGUCUCCUCCAUCACCUACCUCAGGGGGAUCUUUCCAGAGGAUGCCUAUAGAUCCAGAUAUCUGGAAGAUUUGUGCAUCAAAGUCUUGCGUGAAGACUGCAACACCCCCGGUGCCAGCAAAGUUGUGAAAUGGAUGAUGGGCUGUUUCGAUGCAUUAGAGAAGCAGUAUCUCCAGAUUGUAUACAUUGGGGUGUACACCAAUCCAGAUGAACCCAAUUGCAUUAUUGAGUCAUACCAGUUCAAAUUCAAAUACACUGAGAAGGGGCCAGAGAUGGACAUAUUCAGGAACAACGAUGUGGAGAUGCAGGUGCCGCUGGAGGACACAAAGAGAGCCUCGGUGCUGCUCAUCAGGAAGCUCUUCCUGCUCAUGCAGAACCUGGACGCCCUUCCCAACAAGGUCUACCUCACCAUGAAGCUCUACUAUUACGAUGACAUCACCCCUGCCGACUACCAACCACCAGGCUUCAAGGAGGGCGAAUGCGACAGCCUCUGGUUUGAAGGCAUGGCCGUGCACUUCAAGGUGGGUGAGGUGCAGACGGCCUUCCACAACUUGAGAGUGCGUGUCUCGGCAGAACAAGGCAGGCUGGAGAAGCUUCAAGAAGGGAACCACCUGAAGGAGAACAAGCAAGUUUCCCUGAGAAAUCCUCAAGAGAGGAUCAAGGACCCUUGUAAGAAAACACAGGAGGAAGAGGAUCUACCUUCUGAAGACGAGUCUGCACAGUUCAAGAAACCUACAAGACCUCUGGCAAAGAGAAAAGCAGCUGCCAAGAAUCUGGCAAGGAAGAAAAGAAGAAUUUAGCACUGGUAUUGCACAAUACAAAACCUGUGUAAUGUAAACACAAACAUGAACUAUUUCUUAAUUUUAAUGCAAAGUUAAACACUUGUUUUAUGUUAUGUUACAAUUUAUUUUGAUAAGAAAGUUUGUUUGACAGGUUCAUGACAUUGUUAUCUCUACUCACAAGGCAGGAUGUCACUGUCACAGUUCUAAUGUAGACAACAUCGUACAAAAAGUAUACAUGAAGUGUACAAUCUAGAUUAAUUUAAUCAAAACAAUGUUCAAAGUGCUUCAUUUUUUAGUAUUCUGUGUAUAAAAUGUGUUCAAGAAA